GCCUGUGGUCCAGGAUGGGUUGGCGGAGGGUCCCAGGCUGCGGGCUGGUGUUGCGGGUGGCGGGUGAUGGUUGGUUGGACUGAGUCGGGCCCGGCCGGGUUGCGGAGCUGGAGGGGGUGGCAGUGAGCGGCGUUGGAGGCUGCGGGGUUCCAUUUGGCUGACUGGGGAGGCGGCAGGUGUGCAUCAUCUUGGAUUUGCUGUGCACCCGAGUGGUAUAAUGAGCCAUGCGGGGCCAGCGGAGCCUGCUGCUGGGUCCCGCCCGCCUCUGCCUGCGCCUGCUUCUGCUCCUGGGCUACAGGCGCCGCUGCCCACCUCUGCUCCGGGGCCUGGUACAGCGCUGGCGCUAUGGCAAGGUCUGCCUGCGCUCCCUGCUCUACAACUCCUUUGGGGGCAGUGACACUGCUGUCGAUGCUGCCUUUGAGCCUAUCUACUGGCUGGUGGACAACGUGAUCCGCUGGUGUGGGGUGGUGUUCGUGGUGUUGGUGAUUGUGCUGACCAGCUCUGUCGUGGCCAUCGCCUACCUGUGCGUCCUGCCCCUCAUCCUCCGAACAUACUCAGUGCCACGGCUCUGCUGGCACUUCUUCUACAGCCACUGGAAUCUGAUCCUUAUCGUCUUCCAUUACUACCAGGCCAUCACCACUCCCCCUGGAUACCCACCCCAGGGCAGGAAUGAUAUCGCAACAGUCUCCAUCUGUAAGAAGUGCAUUUACCCCAAGCCAGCCCGAACACACCACUGCAGCAUCUGCAAUAGGUGUGUGCUGAAGAUGGAUCACCACUGUCCCUGGCUAAACAACUGCGUGGGCCACUAUAACCAUCGGUACUUCUUCUCUUUCUGCUUUUUCAUGACUUUGGGCUGUGUCUACUGCAGCUACGGAAGUUGGGACCUUUUCCGGGAAGCUUAUGCUGCCAUCGAGAAAAUGAAACAGCUCGACAAGAACAAACUGCAGGCGGUUGCCAACCAGACGUAUCAUCAGACCCCACCACCCACCUUCUCCUUCAGAGAAAGGGUGACUCACAAGAGUCUUGUCUACCUCUGGUUCCUGUGCAGUUCCGUAGCACUUGCCUUGGGUGCCCUAACUGUAUGGCAUGCUGUUCUCAUCAGUCGAGGUGAGACUAGUAUCGAAAGGCACAUCAACAAGAAGGAGAGACGUCGGCUGCAGGCCAAGGGCAGAGUUUUUAGGAAUCAUUACAACUAUGGCUGCUUGGACAACUGGAAGGUAUUCCUGGGUGUGGACACAGGAAGGCACUGGCUUACUCGAGUGCUGUUACCUUCCAGUCAUCUGCCCCAUGGGAAUGGAAUGAGCUGGGACCCCCCUCCCUGGGUGACUGCUCACUCAGCCUCUGUGAUGGCAGUGUGAGCUGGAUUGUGUCAGCCACAGUUUGAGCACCACUCUGCUUCCCGCAUUGUCUCAAAGGCCUUCAAGGAUAGCUUCUUGGAAUCCUUGGGCAAAAAGAGUCAAUGGGCCUGCCUUAGAGUACCAUGCAGGGACAACUCAAGGACCAAUCUCCUGGCUACUGCAGAAACAAGGCACGAUGUGGAAAAAUUCUAGGACUUACAUCCCUUUACUCAGCUCAGGCAAACUGAAGUUCCAGCCCCAGACUGGAGAUUAGGCAGCUAGCAACCCUGCCAGGUGCUGACCCCAACCUCCUCCAGGUUCCAGCACUGGGGUUGGCUACCACCUCUUCCACUUGCUGUCUGAGAAAACACCUGAACAGUAGAGCAGAGAUUCUGGCUUCUCAACAGGGCAAGACACCAGGCCUACUGCUGAGGUCACUGCCACUUCUCACAUGCUGCUGAAGGUGAAAAAUAAAGGUAUUUGAUUUUUAAAGAUA